AUGGCCCCCAUCAAACCACACCGCCGCACAACCCGCGCCCGCGUAACCGCACGCAACAACUCCCAACGCGGGAAAUACGCCCCUCCCUCACCGUCAGACCUCGCACCCGCGCCCGAAGACCCCACCACCACCGACGUCGAGGCCGAGGUGGAAAGUGAUGAGUUUGGGUUUGGGGUGGGCUUGAAGUUGAACAAGAAGGAUAAGAGGAUCGUGAGGCAUAAUACUUUACUGAAUCGCGUGCGGGAGGGAGGGGUGCAGAAGAAUGAGAAUGCGGGAAAGAAGAGACGACGGCCGGGGAGGAAACUCGUGACAGGCGUCGCUGAUCUGGGUGAUGCUUUGCCUGAGCUUGAUAGUGAUGAGAAUGGAGAGUGGGAGGGGAUAAGUGAAGACGAGAUGGUUGUCGAGGGAUUGCAGAAGAAGAAGAGGUCGAGGAGGGCGAGGGACGGGAAGAUGGAAAUGAAGAGUCUGAAACAUAAGCCUGGGGCUAUGAAGAGGAGGGAUGUCAUGGAGAAGGGGGAGAGGGAGAGGUUCGGGAGGAAUUUGGCGGGGUUGAUGGGCGGAGGAGGGGAGGGGGAGAAGAAGGGAGGAGACGGUGAGAAGGUUGGAAGUGGCAGUGGCGGACAGAGUGAGAGGUGGAAGGCUCUGCGCGGGUUUAUCGAGGGGACUCUGGAGAGGGAUAGGGCGUUUGGGGGGAAGUGA